GGAUCCUGUUUGUGACAAGUAGCUAUUAUAGGAUCCUGUUUGGGACAAGUAGAUAUGUAUAGGAUCCUGAUUGUAACAAGUGCAUUAUUUAGCUGCAAAUUCACUUUGCAAGUAUCAGUUGACAGGCAGUGACUGCAUUUUUGUGACCUGAAGCUUAAAAACUUGGGAACAAAAGAAAGGAUGAUGGGCAUAUUCUGUUUUAUAUUUAUUCUGCUGCAAGGGGCAAUUUCCGCAUCCAUUUCUCUGAACAAGCCUAGUUGGAUUUCAGAUUCUUUUCUCGGGACUCGUUUGGCAGAAGGGAGUGCUGGUACUCAAGUUGCCUUUCAUGCCUACUUAAGCAGCUCAAAAUGUUACAAAAACCACGAGACCUUCGUAUUCAACAGAGCGGAAGUUAAUAUGAAUGGUGGAAACAGAGGUGGGUACAAUGCCGAUACUGGGAUCUUCGUUGUGCCCGAAACGGGUCUCUAUGCAAUGACUUGGACCGUGGCUGCAUAUCAUGGAACGUGGUUUUCGGCACAACUCAUGGUGAACGGUGUAGUCAAAGGUGUCGUCAUGACAGACGCUGACGUCAGUGGAAGUGGCUAUGGUGUCCACCCAGCAACUGGGUUUGUUCUUACAAUGCUGAGCCGUGACAGUCACGUGUACAUUCGAUUCGUUUCCGGGCACGGAUGUAGAGUAAAAAGCGACAGCCGUAUCCGCAGUACGUUCUCAGGAUGGCUGAUGAAUGCGGCUGCCUAAUUGAUUUGGCUAUUGAAGUAGUAAAGUGCGUUCUCUUAUAUAGUUUCUACGUUCAUUAAUCUAAAACAGGCUGCUAACAUUUGGACGGACAUUUAGUUCAUGAUUUACACAGGUUGAUGUUUUAUACUCCAACUGAAAGAUCAUUUUACAAACAUCUCUAGUGUUAGAUUUCAUUGCAUUGCAUUGCAAUGUAAAUAAAUUUAGAUGUGCACGUUUAAUAAAACAUUUUUUCAGCCUUGCAAGUCUAUGCGUAUAGUAAGAAUAUUUUGACGUUUUAUUUCAAAAAGUGUACAGGGUCCAAGUUUAUAAAAAUGAGUUUGGAGACCAGUCCAAGAAUGCAGUCUUUUCAUUGGUCAAUUUCAAUACUGAACUCAAAAGCAACCAACCAAAUAUUGGAGUUUUGAGACUGGUCUUCAAACUCCGUUUUACAAUCGAGGUUUCCAGUGUUUUGAAGCUUCAACCUCUCAGGUAAUCGACAGUGAAAUAUUGGAAACACAAGACUUUUGUUUACUGUCCAACUAAAUGAGCAUUGAUAUUUUGUUUUUGAUCAAAAAAUAUUACACUUCUAUUUACUUAUCCCGCUGUACAUUAAACUGUUCUUAUAAGAA